AGUUUUUUGUUUUGAAAAGAGGUGAAAUUGGGCCUGAUUCUGGGCCGGGUAAGUGAAGCAGGAUCAGAAAAUAGGAUUUCGUGUGUUGAAAUAUAAAACGCGGAAUAUUAGGGUUUUAAGGGUGGGCGAGGUAGCCAGAGAGUGAUACAAUACAGAGUGCGUUGUUGCUCCUUCGCCACAACUCCCUGCCAACAUGGGUAUCUCCAGAGAUUCUAUGCACAAGAGGCGUGCCACUGGUGGCAAGAAGAAGGCAUGGAGGAAGAAGAGAAAGUAUGAGCUUGGUCGCCAGCCUGCUAACACUAAGCUGUCAAGCAACAAGACAGUCAGGAGGAUCCGGGUUAGAGGUGGAAAUGUGAAGUGGAGGGCACUGAGAUUGGAUACUGGAAAUUACUCCUGGGGAAGUGAAGCUGUAACUCGCAAGACUCGUAUACUAGAUGUGGUUUACAAUGCCUCAAACAACGAGCUUGUGCGUACUCAGACUCUUGUAAAAAGUGCUAUUGUUCAGGUUGAUGCUGCUCCAUUCAAACAGUGGUACCUUCAGCACUAUGGUGUUGAGAUUGGUAGGAAGAAGAAGACAGCUGCCAAGAAGGAAACUGCAGAGGAGGGUGCUGCUGCUGUUGCUGUGGAAGAAGCCAAAAAGAGUAAUCAUCUGCAGAGAAAAUUGGAGAAGCGCCAGAAAGAUCGUAAGCUUGAUGCUCACAUUGAGGAGCAGUUUGGUAGUGGGCGUUUGCUUGCUUGCAUUUCCUCUCGGCCUGGUCAAUGUGGCAGAGCUGACGGCUACAUUUUGGAAGGUAAGGAGUUGGAGUUUUACAUGAAAAAACUCCAGAAAAAGAAGGGAAAGGGUGCUGCUUGAUUUUAGUGUUUCCCAGAUUUUUAUAUGGCUUUAGUUGCUUUUAUAUGUUGUUGGUACAAUUUAAGGUGAUGUUUUGUGCCACAUGACAUCUUUUAGUGCAAACUAUCUUGUUAGUCCUUUGCAAAUUGACAUCUUAAUUUUGUUUUGAACUGUUUUUUUGCCACCGACGAGUUACAAUUUUUAUUAAUUGAAUGUCUUGCAA